GCUGUCCGGGUCCGGCCCAUGAACCGACGAGAACUGGAACUGAACACCAAGUGUGUGGUGGAGAUGGAAGGGAAUCAGACGGUCCUGCACCCUCCUCCUUCUAACACCAAGCAGGGAGAAAGGAAACCUCCCAAGGUAUUUGCCUUUGAUUAUUGCUUUUGGUCCAUGGAUGAAUCUAACACUACAAAAUAUGCCGGUCAAGAAGUGGUUUUCCAGUGCCUCGGGGAAGGAAUUCUUGAGAAAGCCUUUCAGGGGUACAAUGCUUGCAUUUUUGCCUAUGGACAAACAGGUUCAGGCAAAUCCUUCUCCAUGAUGGGCCAUGCUGAGCAGCUGGGCCUUAUUCCAAGGCUCUGCUGUGCUUUAUUUAAAAGGAUCUCUGUGGAGCAAAAUGAGUCACAGACCUUUAAAGUCGAAGUAUCCUAUAUGGAAAUUUAUAACGAGAAGGUUCGAGAUCUUUUAGAUCCUAAGGGGAGUAGGCAGUCUCUUAAAGUUCGAGAGCAUAAAGUGUUGGGACCUUAUGUAGAUGGCUUAUCUCAACUGGCUGUCACUAGUUUUGAGGAUAUUGAGUCAUUGAUGUCUGAGGGAAACAAGUCUCGAACUGUGGCUGCCACUAACAUGAACGAAGAAAGCAGCCGCUCCCAUGCUGUGUUCAACAUCAUAAUCACCCAGACACUUUAUGACCUGCAAUCUGGGAACUCGGGAGAGAAAGUCAGUAAGGUCAGCCUGGUAGAUCUGGCGGGGAGUGAAAGAGUUUCCAAGACAGGAGCGGCGGGGGAGCGACUGAAAGAAGGCAGCAACAUUAACAAGUCCCUUACAACCUUGGGGUUGGUUAUAUCAUCACUGGCCGACCAGGCAGCUGGCAAGGGAAAAAACAAGUUUGUGCCUUAUCGAGAUUCAGUCCUCACUUGGCUUCUUAAGGACAACUUGGGAGGCAACAGCCAGACUUCUAUGAUAGCUACCAUCAGCCCAGCAGCAGACAACUAUGAGGAGACCCUCUCCACACUAAGAUACGCAGACCGAGCCAAAAGGAUUGUGAACCAUGCAGUCGUGAAUGAGGACCCCAAUGCCAAAGUCAUCCGGGAGCUGCGGGAGGAAGUAGAGAAACUCAGAGAGCAGCUCUGCCAGGCUGAGGCCAUGAAGGCUCCAGAACUGAAGGAGAAGCUUGAAGAGUCUGAAAAGCUGAUAAAAGAGCUAACAGUGACAUGGGAAGAGAAGCUCAGGAGAACAGAAGAGAUUGCACAGGAGAGACAACGACAGCUUGAGAGCAUGGGGAUUUCUCUGGAGACCUCUGGAAUCAAAGUGGGGGAUGAUAAGUGCUACUUGGUCAACCUGAAUGCAGAUCCUGCUCUCAAUGAACUUUUGGUUUAUUACUUAAAGGAUCACACCAGAGUGGGUGCAGAUACCUCUCAGGAUAUCCAGCUCUUUGGUAUAGGGAUUCAACCUGAGCACUGUGAGAUUGAUAUUGCUUCUGAUGGAGAUGUCACUCUGACUCCGAAAGAAAAUGCAAGGUCCUGUGUGAAUGGUACCCUUGUGUGCAGCGUUACCCAGCUGUGGCAUGGGGACAGGAUCCUGUGGGGGAAUAAUCACUUUUUUAGAAUUAACUUACCGAAGAGGAAACGACGAGAUUGGUUGAGAGACUUGGAGAAGGAAACAAGUCCCGCAGAGCAUGACGUGGAUGCGGCCAGUGAGGCUUCCUCAGAACCAGAUUAUAACUAUGAAUUUGCCCAGAUGGAAGUUAUCAUGAAGACCCUGAAUAGUAAUGACCCAGUUCAAAAUGUAGUUCAGGUCCUGGAGAAGCAAUACUUAGAAGAAAAGAGAAGUGCCUUGGAGGAGCAGCGGCUCAUGUACGAGCGAGAACUGGAGCAACUCCGCCAGCAGCUCUCCCCUGAGAGGCAGCCACAGAGCAGUGGGCCCGACCGCCUGGCCUACAGUAGCCAGACGGCCCAGCAGAAGGUCACUCAGUGGGCAGAGGAGAGGGAUGAACUGUUCCGGCAAAGCCUGGCCAAACUACGAGAGCAGCUUGUUAAAGCAAAUACCCUAGUGAGGGAAGCAAAUUUCCUUGCUGAAGAAAUGAGCAAGCUUACUGAUUACCAAGUGACUCUUCAGAUUCCUGCUGCGAACCUCAGUGCUAACAGAAAGAGAGGUGCAAUAGUGAGUGAGCCCGCCAUCCAAGUGAGGAGGAAAGGGAAGAGCACCCAAGUCUGGACCAUUGAGAAGCUGGAAAAUAAGUUAAUUGAUAUGAGAGACCUUUACCAAGAAUGGAAGGAAAACGUUCCUGAGGCAAAGAGACUGUAUGGAAAACGAGGCGACCCUUUUUAUGAAGCCCAAGAGAAUCACAACCUGAUAGGUGUGGCAAACGUGUUCCUGGAAUGCCUGUUCUGUGAUGUGAAACUUCAGUAUGCAGUGCCUAUCAUUAGCCAGCAGGGGGAGGUUGCAGGGCGUCUCCAUGUGGAAGUGAUGCGUGUCACAGGAGCUGUUCCAGAGCGUGUGGUGGAGGAUGACUCCUCAGAGAACUCCAGUGAAAGUGGGAGCCUGGAGGUAGUAGACAGCAAUGGAGAGAUCAUUCACCGAGUCAAAAAGCUGACAUGCCGGGUAAAAAUUAAAGAAGCAACUGGACUCCCCUUAAGCCUGUCCAAUUUUGUCUUCUGUCAAUAUACGUUCUGGGACCAGUGUGAGUCUACGGUGGCUGCCCCGGUGGUGGACCCAGAGGUGCCAUCCCUGCAGUCCAAGGAUGCGCAGUAUGCGGUGACCUUCUCUCACUGUAAGGAUUACGUGGUGAACGUCACAGAAGAAUUCCUGGAGUUUAUUUCGGAGGGAGCACUGGCAAUUGAAGUGUGGGGCCACCGGUGUGCAGGAAAUGGAAGCUCUAUCUGGGAAGUUGACUCUCUCCAUGCAAAGACAAGAACGCUGCAUGACAGGUGGAAUGAAGUCACUCGAAGAAUAGAAAUGUGGAUUUCCAUACUAGAGUUGAAUGAGUUGGGGGAAUACACUGCAGUGGAACUUCAUCAAGCAAAAGAUGUCAACACAGGCGGCAUCUUUCAGCUUAGACAGGGUCACUCACGUCGAGUACAAGUCACAGUACAGCCUGUACAGCAUUCAGGGACAUUGCCACUCAUGGUUGAAGCCAUAUUGUCAGUAUCCAUUGGCUGUGUAACUGCCAGGUCCACCAAACUCCAAAGAGGGCUGGACAGUUACCAGGAAGAAGAUUUAAACUGCGUGAGAGAGAGGUGGUCAGAUGCACUCAUUAAACGGAGAGAAUACUUAGAUGAACAGAUUAAAAAAGUCAACAACAAAAAAGAGAAAACAGAGGACGAUGUGGAACGGGAAGCUCGGCUUGUGGAGCAGUGGGUGGGACUGACGGAGGAAAGGAAUGCUGUGUUGGUACCAGCCCCAGGCAGUGGGAUCCCUGGGGCUCCUGCUGACUGGAUCCCACCUCCUGGCAUGGAAACUCACAUACCAGUUCUCUUCCUUGAUUUGAAUGCGGAUGACCUCAGUGCCAAUGAACAGCUUGUUGGUCCCCAUGCAUCAGGCGUGAACUCCAUCUUGCCCAAGGAACAUGGCAGCCAGUUUUUCUACCUGCCUAUCAUAAAGCAUAGUGAUGACGAGGUUUCAGCCACAGCCUCCUGGGACUCUUCGGUGCACGACUCUGUUCACUUGAAUAGAGUCACACCCCAGAACGAGAGGAUUUAUCUUAUCGUGAAGACCACAGUCCAACUCAGUCACCCGGCCGCCAUGGAGUUAGUAUUACGAAAGCGGAUUGCAGCCAAUAUUUACAACAAACAGAGUUUUACCCAGAGUUUGAAGAGGAGGAUAUCAUUGAAGAACAUAUUCUAUUCCUGCGGUGUAACUUAUGAAAUAGUUUCCAAUAUACCAAAGGCAACCGAGGAGAUUGAGGACCGGGAAACGCUGGCUCUCCUGGCAGCACGGAGUGAAAACGAGGGCACGUUAGAUGGAGAGACGUACAUUGAGAAAUACACACGGGGCGUGCUGCAUGUGGAGAACAUUCUGAGCCUUGAACGGCUCCGACAGGCUGUCACAGUCAAAGAAGCACUUUCCACCAAGGCUCGGCACAUUCGGAGGAGCCUCAGCACACCAAAUGUUCACAAUGUAAGUACAGCACCCUGCACAGCAAAUGUGCAAGUACACCUGCUUUUACAUGUGCUGUCUCAGACUGUGGGACGGGAGACCUUAGAGGGAUGUUGUACAUCGGAGAAUCCUCAUGCCUUAACGGUCAGCCCUUUUAAAGCAUUCUCCCCCCAGCCGCCAAAGUUUUUCAAACCCCUAAUGCCUGUAAAAGAGGAACAUAAGAAAAGGAUAGCUCUUGAAGCAAGACCUCUUCUAAGCCAAGAGGACUCUGAAGAGGAAGAAAAUGAGCUGGAAGCUAUUAACCGGAAGCUGAUAAGUUCCCAGCCUUAUGUACCUGUGGAGUUUGCUGACUUCAGUGUUUACAAUGCCAGCUUGGAGAACAGGGAAUGGUUUUCUUCUAAAGUGGAUCUGACAAACUCACGGGUCUUGGAGAAGGAAGUGUCUCGUAGCCCUACCACCAGCAGUAUUACCAGUGGCUACUUUUCACACAGUGCCUCCAAUGCCACUCUGUCUGACAUGGUGGUCCCUUCUAGCGAUAGCUCAGACCAGCUCACCAUUCAGAUGAAGGAGCCAGACUCCAGUGAGCACCCUGGGCCUUCCGUUGUGCAUGAUUUCAGACCAUCCUCAAGCAAAGAAUUGAUGGAGGAAGAAAAAGUCUUGGAAAAGGAUAAAAUCAUUGUGGUGCCACUCAAGGAAAACAGUGCCUUAGCCAAAGGGAACACUUCAUCCCAGAGCACCCCUGAGAAAAACUCUAAAGUGAUGUGCAGGAAUGGUUCGCAUUCAGAACUAGAUGCCUGCCCCAGCAAAAAUGGUCAACUGGCCAGAGAUUUCUGCCCCAGGGAGGUGACGGUAGAACAUACCAUGAACAUCCUGGAGGAUCAUUCCUUCACAGAGUUCAUGGGUGUGUCAGAUGGAAAAGAUUUUGAUGGUUUGACAGAUUCUUCUGCUGGACAGCCAUCUGGUAGGAGACACCUACCAAAUAAAGCAGACAGUGAGAGUGUCCCAGGUGGGCCACCGGAUGCUGGACAGACGCAUAACAAGUUAGAGAAUAACCAGGAGAGCACAGCCACACGGUGAGAGGCAGCAGGCGUGCCCAGGCUUGGCCACAGCUCAACAGCUCUGUUCACCUGGUCAUCAUGAAAAAGCACCAGCCCCAUCUUACAACUUGCUCCAACCCAGCCUGACCUCAGACCAGCACAGGGAGCCACGUGCCUCCCCACCCCAGCUGGAGAAGCAGCACUUUGCCACUGGGGUGACUUGCAGCCUCUGCUUUUUCCAGAAAGCAUGAUAACUGAAAUUCUGGAUCGAAUUAAGUGACAGUAUUUUUGUUUGCACUUACUACUACACAUCCCCGCGGUGUAGAGACCUCUACAGAUUCAAACGGACUUUAUUCUUGUACAGUUUUAAUCAGUUCUUAUGGUAGACUCUGAGUCAAUGCUCUAAUUUGUUUUGUGUAAAUAAUAUAUAUUAUGUAUAUGAAAUGUGUAUCUAUAGUAUGUCUGUUCAGAGACAGGCUGCACACUAAAAUGCACAUAAAAUGUUUAUAGAAAAUUAUAAGGUACUGGACUUUAUUACCACAUAACUUGGGCAAUUGUUUUUACAUAAGCAGAUGAAAAUUAUUUUAUUGCCUAAGGAUAAAUCUGCAAAUCCAUCUUUACAGGAAAGGUUACAGAUACUGUUCUUUAUAUAACCAAAGAACUUACAUGAAAUUGAACGUCUUUGGUGUCCACUUGUUUUAGUGAGCAUAUAUGACUGCAAGUUUGGUGCCAUACUUCCCUUGGCUACCAGGCCAUGUGCUGCCCCUUCUCUGUCCUCUGUUUCCUAAGCACACUGAGAAAUCUCCCAGCUAUUGUUUCCCACCUGGCCCAACACCUGUUGACUUGACAUUGUAUUAUAACCAUUGAAAAUGACUGGGGCUGUCACUCCAGCCCAGCGUUUCCUGUACCUUGGUUCAGCCCAAUCAGGCAGGUACAAUGCAGAGAGCAGUAUUACUGUAAGCAAACACAAAGGAGCACCAAGGGUUGGGGUUGGGAACUAGAGGAAGGAUGUAUGUGUGUGUGUGUGUGUGUGUGUGUGUGUGUGUGUGUUGGGAUUGAAAAAUUUCACUGUGGUGUGGUUUUGCUGUUAAUUAUGAAAAAAAAAAUGCUGACAAGAUGGCCUGAACUACAGAGUUCACAGGUUCACUAUUCACUGUUUGAAGAUGGUUGAUGUACUUUGCGGCUCUGUCUUCAGUUGUAAAGUUCUCCUGUGAAUGGAGACACUGUAGAGUUAUGCUUGUGGACAUUUGUACUACAGUACUUUACCUAUUCUGUAGCUUCCUGUAUAACUGGUCUGUACAGAUGCAGACAUGUCAUGAGAGGAAGAGCAAGAGAAUGUGUACAGCCUGCUGUAUGUACCUUUUUUAAGUUCUUGCAUCCAUAAAUGAGUCAGAUAUAUUGGAGACUUUAUUGAAAAGCUGCUGUUCAUGACUUUUUGUGUAUAGUGAACUGACUGUAGUUAUUUUACUAUUGUCUGUUUUUAAAAAGAAAAACCUGUAAUUUAUAUCCCCUUUCAACUUUAUUGUAUUUAAUUGGUACAGAUUUGUGUAUGUGUGUUUUAGAAUACAAAUUGUCUAAUUCAGAUUUUAAAA